AUGAUUGCUUUGGAUUUAUUUUAUUUCAAUACAAAUAUAGGCCUCAUUACUUGGCACUGCUCAUUUAGUUAUCUGUUAACAUACGAGAAGGCUAUGCACAUAUUACCCGACAUAUUUGUGCCUGUAACAAUAUGGAUAGUACUAUCCAUCUAUAUGAACGUCGAGUGCAAAGAGAGCUGUUACUACGUGAAUUUUAUUUACACAAACUGGACAGAUGAUCGGCCACGGUUCAUCGUUAAUAUGACAUUUUCUAAUCAAAACGGCGUGGGAUCAAUUACAACCAUCAACGAGGCUAUUUCGUCACCCGUCUCAAGAAUGUUAAUUGUACAACAGAGCCCUAAGGAAAAGAAACGUAUUAUUUACAAUGUGACCACCAAAUUAUGCGCAAUGCAAGGUAUUAUAAAUGCCGUACCACUAUUUAAGCCAGCCAAGGAAAGUGUCUUAAGACAAAGCAACUAUACAUUUAGUUGUCCCCUUAAUAAAGGCGUUUAUGUUAUGAACAACAUGCGCGUCAAUCCAAGAAAUCCGCUGCUUAGCCUGAUGUACCAGGCCAAAGGUACAUUUACGGUAAUUGGUGCUUUGCUUGAAGAAUUGCCCAAUACACAACUGCAUCCGCUUUCUACUUAUAACAUAGCUGGUAAGAUCAUAAAAAAGGGCUGUGGUAGAAACGAGUAAGCCUUAUUUAAAAUACAAGAAAAUAAACCAAUUUGUAUACCCUUCCGAUAUUUUAUUCUUUGUAUAAUUAUUUCCAUAUAAUUAUUAUAAUUACAAAAAGUAGAAUACUUUCAGGCUGUCACUUUA